AUGCUUCGCUCCCUAGUCCGCUGCCAUGCGCUCCCUCCGUCGACGCAACUCCGUCGCGUCCUCUUUUUCUCCACCGGAACUUCCGUCUCCUCCUCAGGCGUCACUGCUUCUCCCGAUCCCCACUUCAUCGUCGAAUACCUCAUGAAUACAUGCGGGUUCUCCGCCGACGAUGCUUCCAAGGUCUCUAAGUUUUGCCCUCGUAUUAAGUCCACAGAGAAGGCCGACGCCGUUCUUGGAUUCUUCAGAUCUCAGGGCCUUGAUGGUGCUAAUCUGAGAAGGAUAAUAGCUUGCAAACCAGGAUUGCUCGGCUGGGAUGUGGAGACGAACCUCGCCCCAAAGUUUAAACUUUUGCGCGAAAUGGGAUUAUCUGAGUCCGACAUCAUCGUUAUCGUUUGGCGGCACCCUACAGUUAUUGGCUCCAGCAACGAGAACGCGCUUCUCCGCCGAUUUAAGGUUUGGGAAAGUUUAUUGGGAUCGAAGGAGAUCCUUCUCAAGCAUCUCCGGAGGUCUGGAUGGUUUUUCAGCUGCAGCAUUGAGAAUGUAGUGCGCCCCAACAUGAACUUCUUACGGGAUGAAUGUGGUAUUCCUGAAGACCGCGUUUCUCUUGUUAUUAAAGGGGAACCCAGCUUCAUCGCCCAAAACCCAGAUGCCCUCCGGGCUCUGGUAGAUAGAACUGACGGGCUUGGAGUUCCCCGAGAAUCUAUGAUGUUCCUCUGGAUCCUUGAUGUGCUGCACAAGGUCAGCAGGGAAAAAUUUGAGGCCCAUGUAAAGAUCAUGAACAGCUUUGGUUGGUCGAACUUGGAUUUUGUUACUGUAGUCAAGAAGCAUCCAACUUUUUUACGUCUUUCAACAAAGGUAUUGCAGAGAAAGAUGGAAUUUUUAGUUAAGGAUGUUGGAAUGGCACCUUUAGACAUUGCUAAGAUGGCAGUCGUUUUACGAUUAAGUUUGGAAAAGAGGUUAAUUCCUCGAUUUCAUGUGAUGGAGAUUUUAAAAUCUGAAGGGUUAUGGACUUCACAGAUGAUGUUAUCUACGUUUUUCUCAUCGCCGGGACCAAAAUUUUUGCAGAAGUAUGUACUCCCUUACAAAGAUAAAUUACCCAAACUGCAUGAUUUCUUGUGA